AUGUCUCCGGCGCGGAAUCCUACGAGCUGGGAUGACUACCAAGGGGGAGCUUCGCCUCGGGGAAGCGUGACCGACAGCAUGCUUGAGCGCGAACAAGCUCUUGUGGACGACGAAGGCGACGAAACUGGCGACCAUGAAAAUGGUGAAGGAUUUUCGAGGCCGCGAAGGCGGUCUUCCGUCACGUACCAGUUGGCAGCAAUCGCAGACAUUGGUGGUGUAAACAGUUUCCGAUCUUUCGCCCGGAGUUGGCAGCGAGCAGCAGGAUUUCCUGAGGUUAUUCCUCGCCGACCGAGCUUUGUUCUUGCGCCAGAGCAAGAUACAGAAGACCUUCAGUAUGGUCGCAGCCAUGUCCAAGGAUCGUCGCAACAACAAUCGGGUCUUUUGCGCCAACAUCUUGAUGCCUCGUCUUCGCAUGCGAACGGCGAGCCAAGCUCAGCCAUUGAGUCCUCACCGAGGUCAAUGAGGAUCCCACAUCGUGAUGGCGAGACGAAGCCUCUACUUGAUGUCGAAGCUGGCUCAUCCCCUGUUGGGUCACCCCGAUCAAGUAUCUUCGCCGUCCCGCCUCACCUUGCAGCUCCCGAUAUUGUUGGAAGCUAUGGUUCGUUCCGAGACUCUUCUCCUUUUGGAACAAUGGACAGGAGCUCGCGCCAUCGCAUUUCGUUCAGUGAGGGCAGCGGCUGGGGUGUAGCUGAUGAAGAAGAAGAAGAGGGCGAGGGUGCAGCUCAUGGCGAACACCAGCCCAUCCUGGUCAAAGAGGUUAAGCAGGGCAAUAAGGUUGUACUUGCUGUUGAAGGCCAGAGCACUCUUCCUCAGUCCGUCUUCAACUCGAUCAAUGCCCUAAUCGGUGUCGGGUUACUCAGUCUCCCACUGGCCCUGCAGAUGACAGGUUGGAUCCCCGGCCUGUUUCUUCUCACUCUGACAGCGGCUGUUACGUCGUACACCGGCAAGCUGCUGGCCAAGUGCAUGGAUUUUGACCCCAGUCUCAUUACGUAUUCCGACCUGGCGUACAUCUCGUUUGGAACCCGAGCGCGGGUCAUUGUUUCUGCCCUUUUCAGUCUUGAGUUGAUAGCAGCCUGUGUCGCUUUGGUGAUCCUCUUUGCCGACUCGCUCAGUCUGUUACUUCCGGGUCUUGCGAGCGUCAACACAUGGAAGGUUGUAGCUUCUGUCAUGGUUCUGGUCCUGAAUGCGUUGCCUUUGCGCCUCUUGAGUUACACAAGCGUUGUUGGUAUUUUCUCGACCUUCUGCAUUGUCGUGAUUGUCAUUAUUGAUGGCCUGUACAAACCUCACUAUCCUGGUUCACUGCGAGAGCCAGCAACAACCUAUCUAUUCCCCGAGAAUUGGCUUGCUGUGCCUCUUGCCUACGGUCUCCUCGCAAGCCCUUGGGGUGCGCACUCUGUUUUUCCAUCCAUCUAUCGUGACAUGCGUCACCCUUACAAAUGGGGCAAGGCCGUUAAUGUUACCUUUUCCUUCUCUUACAUCGUGGAUACAUGCCUGGCUGUCAUUGGUCUCCUAAUGUUUGGUGAUGGUAUCAAGGACGCCAUCACCUCCAACAUUCUCAAAUCAAAGGGCUAUCCUGACGCUCUGAAGAUCAUCAUGUCAAUCUUCAUUGCUAUCAUUCCUUUGACAAAGAUCCCUCUCAACGCUCGCCCCAUCAUCACGACUUUGGACGUCAUCUGUGGAGUUCACGAUCAACACCAUCACCAUCAUGACCAGCCUCACAGCCAGCCUACUCGUUCCUCAGUUCUGGUCACAAAGUCAGUACGAGGCCUCGUGCGCGUUUUCGUCGUCAUUCUUCUCUUGUUCAUCUCUAUUGUCUUCCCGGCAUUCGACUCUGUGUGUGCGUUCCUCGGUGCGGCCCUUUGCACACUCAUUUCUAUCAUUCUGCCCAUCUCAUUCUACUUGAAAUUGUACUGGCAGGAUGUGACAGUGCGCGAAAGGAUUGUUUCUGCUAUUCUACUGGUUGUGUUUGCCAUCCUUGGCACGUUGGGAACAAUCUGGACAUUCUUGCCCAAGCAUCUCAUUGGCGCUGACUAG